GAAAUGGGUGGACGGAAAGUCCCCGUGUGGAAAUCCCCUUGACUGGGCUUUUUCCUUUUAAAAAAAACUAUCAUUAGCGGACGUGUGUACUCUUUUGAAAGGCUUCGCAGGCUGCGAGGGCUCCUAAAUAGCUCUGAUACUGAAGGAAAGAGAAGGUUGAAUGGCGCCGAGGACCGCUGCGGUGAGGCUGAGUAAAGUGGCUCAGAGAGAGGACUAGUCUGAGCAUCCGGGAGGGCUUUGUUAUUACCCCCGACAUAUUACACAGUUUCCACGUUGUUCUGUCAGCGGUGGUUGGUGCGUCCUCCUCCUCUUCCUCCCCUCCUUCCAUCCGCCUGGCCACUCGUCCGCCAUGUCGCAGGGUCAGAACUUCCUCCCCAAAUUCCUGUUUGUCUCCAACCUGCUGAAGGCGGUGAAGAUCCGUCAGCGAGUGCCCAGCGACGUGGUGAAGCCGGCUGCCAACAGCGGCCUGAUGCACCACCUGCGGGGUAUGCACCGUUGCACGCUGGAGAUGAUUGCCAUGAACCACUUCCCGCAGGCCUUCAGGGAGGUGGUGCAGGCUGCCAUCCUGGACCGAGCCAUGCAGGUCUCAUUGGAGCAGGAGAAGAAGCUCAACUGGUGUCGGGAGGUGAAGAAGAUGGUGCCCUUACGUACCAAUGGAGAUGGGAACUGUUUGCUCCACGCGACCUCGCAGUACAUGCUGGGCGUUCAGGACACAGACCUGGUGCUUCGGAAAGCCCUCCAUGGUGUUUUGAAAGAGACGGACACUGGCGUCUUUAGAGCUCGCUUCCAGGCAGAGCUCCUCCAGUCCCAGGAGUUCACCCAGACCGGACUCCGAUACAACACCAUGAACUGGGAGGAGGAGUGGGAAAAGAUUGUGAAGAUGGCGUCUCCGGUCUCCAGUAGCAAUGGCCUCCAGUUUGACUCUCUGGAGGACAUUCACAUCUUCGUCCUCUCAAACAUUCUGCGCAGACCCAUCAUCGUCAUCGCAGACCAGGUGGUCAGGAGUAUGAAAUCUGGUUCCUCCAUCUCUCCUCUGAAUGUGGGGGGGAUUUAUCUUCCGCUGCACUGGCUGCCCACAGAAUGCUACAAAUACCCAAUAGUGCUCGGCUACGACUCCCAGCACUUUGCACCCCUCAUCACCAUCAAAGACAGCGGUCCAGAGAUCCGAGCAGUACCGCUGAUAAACCCAGGACGAGGUGGCUUUGAGGAGCUGAAGGUUCACUUCCUGAUGGAGAAAGAACAGCAACAGAAAGAGAGGCUUCUCAAAGACUACCUGCUACUGAUAGAGAUCCCAGUCAUAGGCUUGGGCUAUGACGCCACACGGAUCAUCAAUGCUGCACGACUGGAUGAGGGCAACCUCCCUGAAGACAUGAACCUGAUGGAGGACUACCUGCAGCUUGUCAACCAUGAGUACCAGCGCUGGCAGGAAGACAAGGAGCUGGCUUUGGCCGCACAGCCGCAGCGCCCACCGCCCUUCUCCGUCUCCCAGCUCUCCCUCAUCGAGAUCCGUUGUGCCACACCACGAUGCACCUUCUAUGUCUCUGUGGACACGCAGCCUCACUGCCAUGAAUGCUUUGAGAAGCGACAGGCCACAACCGGUGGAGGGACGAGGAUUGAAGGGGUGGUGCAGACCAAAGGAGGAGGGCUACAAGGUGGGGUGGCAGUAAUAGGGGGAUCAGAGACUGAGGUGUGCUCCAGAGGAGCCCGAAGCAGCAGCCCCCCAUCUUCCACAUCUGGGAGAGCGGUGGUGAUAUCCAGCCCCCUCUCAGCCCCACCCACCGCUCCCAGCCUCAGCCUGUACAGUGAAACUCAUGCCAUGAAGUGCAAGACACCCGACUGCCAAUUCACCCUUAGCGUUGAGCAUGAUGGACUUUGCGAGCGCUGUUUCAACUCCAGGCAGACCCAUGGACCCCCUGGAGCUGGAACGGCUGCUCCAUUACUCCCAGGCCCCAACGGGGAGCCUACAGUCCCCCACCCGGGCCAGGGCUCCGGCUGGACCCAGUGGGGGCGCUGCGAGACAGAGACAGAGCGCUGCAGCAUGUGCAAACAGGAGGCGCUCAGGAAAUUCAAUGGCCUGUGUCCAACCUGCAUGCAGAGACAGCAGCCUCCAGAGAGGGGAGAGCCACAGCAGAACAACCCCAGGACUGAGCCCUCGUCUUCAGCUUGGACACAGGCCAGGGACACUGAGCGGCCGUGCCUCACCAUAACCCCAGGGCACGCCUCCGCCUGGCAAGCCCCUCUGGCCCGGCUUUGUAAAAGAUCUGGCUGCAAGUUCUUUGGGACGCCAGAGAAUAUGGGUUUCUGCACUAUUUGCUACGUAGACUAUCGGACCAACCACCACCUGACCCCUCCCCCUGCACCGGUCCAGAGCCGGCAUGGUGUGGAGGCAGGCUUCCAGAACGCCUCACGGUGUCGCGGGCCUGGGUGUGGUGCAGUGGGCAAGGCAAUGCUGGAGGGCUACUGCGACAAGUGCUACGUCAAAGAGCAAAGCACACGGCUCAACCAAGUGGCACAACGCACACCACACUCCCCUCCUCUGGUCAUGCGUGACCGAGCAGCCAAGCCCAGAUCUACUCAGACGCAGACGCAGACUCAGACCCAGACUCAGACGCAGACUCAGACUCAGACUCAGUGCCGGCGGAGUGGCUGCAGUAAUGUGUCCCCGGGUUGCACAGACCUCUGCCCAGAGUGCCACACGCGUGGUCAGGGUAGAGAGGCGGGCAGGAGGGCGCAGGCGCCUAAGGAAAAGUCCAAGCAGCGGUGCAGGACACUUGGCUGUGACCACUACGCCAACCAAGAGAAACAGGGCUACUGCAACGAGUGUGACCACUUCAAACAGAUUUACCAAGGCUGAACCACACCCACGCACGCAACGACGAUGGUGACACAUCGCUAGAGCCGCUGCCCUGCUGUGGGCGCCCCAUGCCAGUCAAUGCACCUCUGAUACUAACUAACCAACUAACUAACUAGCUAGUGACUGACUAGUAACCUUAUGGCCUGAAAAUCAAACCCCCCAUGUAGAAUGUGAAGAGAGAGUGUGUGUACGUGGGGGGGUGGAGGGGGGGGGGGGGGUGUGUGUGUGUGUGUGUGUGUGUGUGUGUGUGUGUGUGUGUGUGUGUGUGUGUGUGUGUGUGUGUGUGUGUGUGUGUGUGUGUGUGUUCGCAGUAGACAUGGCCUCCAGAAUACCUCUUUGUGCAAUUAUUAUCAUCUGAUGUGCCCUGUGCACUUACAUGGUGAGAGGUUUGGCUACAUGUCAGAGCAACUGACUUAACGCUUGUGUACAAUAUGUAUUUAGAGGUACGUAGUGAAGCGUGCCGGACAAAAUGAUUGUAUGUUGACAUAACGAGAAGCAUCUGACAUUGCUUUCUAGACCACAGCCAAGGAUUUAUACCUCCAGUCUGUCUGUCUGUCUUAACCCAUCUGUGUAUCUGUCUGCCUGUCUGUCUAGCAUUUGCUCUGUAGAAGGAGGGAUGCAGUUAGCUUGGGAAGCCGAGCAACAAGUCUAUGGAAGUAGUAAGCAGAAGUCAGCCAAACUGGGUCAAAGCAAUGCAAGUGAAGCGCUUAAAGUAACAUGAAAUGGUAUGAACCAUUGUUUAGCUUAGUUCUCCAAAUACACUUGUGUAUGUCCUCCCAAAAUAGACAAAGAUUUGCCAAGAAAUGCUCUUGCAAUCAAUCAAAAAAUCAAGAAUUCAUUUUCUUCCCAUAGUCAGUCUAUAGCAGAAUCUUUUGAGGCAUAUUAACCUCUGUAUUAUUACUUAACUGUUUUAAAUUUUGAUUUGAUUCAUAUGGAAAGUGAGAACAGACCAUGUGUCUAAACAGUGCGAGACAGACAGGGCAGGCCCCUGCUAGUUUUGGUGCUACAUGUACAGAAAUACAAGCCUCUCCAUUGUAGCCAACAUGCUGGCGGUGUCAGCGGACAGAUGGCAGAGAACAUAGUAGAGACGGGACUCAUUCUUUUUCUAUUCCUCUUAUUCCUUCCUCUUAUUUCCUCUCUUCUCCUCCAAAACAGAUCUGUUGCCUUGGACGUUGUUUUCCUGUUUACUGACCACUUAAGCACCUAGAAAUGCAUUGACACAUACCUAAACAUGCGCACACAAAUGGAGUCCUGUCAGAAGGGGAUUGCCAACUAUAAUGAGAACUGAGAACAUAAUGAAGGGUGAAGUCAGGGUGAUUAUCCACCUUUCCAACACAAACAUGUUGCACACACAUGCAAACACAGCUUUGCGAUAUUGUACGUGCCCCACCCCAGCCGGAGGUGGUAUGUAAACCCAUAGAGACAUGCAUUCCUCUCUGCUCCACCCCACUGGAUGUGCCAAGGCGACAAUUUCAUAACUUCAGAGAGCAAUCCCAUUGCCUGCUUUGGCUAAUCUUGUUUAUCUGAAUGUGUUUUGUGCUGCUGCUACAACAGUACAGUAUUGAGGCUCAUCCUCAAUAAGUUUUGCCUUUAAGUAGUGAUUGAAAUUUUAUGGACCAGAGGAGCCUGAUCAAUGAUCCUGGAUCAGUGCUCCCACCUAUAAAAUGCUUUUGUGAAUAUGGAUCCUGGUCCAUAUUGUAGGACCUUCCAACCCGAUGCCUCAUCUCCAACACACACACACACACACACAUACACAACGCACGCAUGUGUGCGUCUGGAUUACGCAAAACUGACAUUCCUGAUUUUUUUAUUAUUUGUUUUGGAAUUUUUUAAUGUAUUUUGAUAUAUUUGAUUUUGUUUCUGCCAAAAAAAAAAUACAUGUGCCAUCAAUCGCCAAACAGUUGUUGUUACCUCCUUAAAAAUGGCCAGCCUGUACCACUCUAAACUAACUGAAGUGCCACAGAUAGACAUCUCCAAUUCUGUGCAACCACACACGAGCUUAUCAAGCUCUCAUGUUGAAAAUCCCCAAAUUUUCCAGACUUAUCUUUUUUUAUCAAAAUACGAAGAAAUGUUUAUCUACAGAGAUCACCUCAAGCAUCAAAUAUUUAUCAAACAAACUCAAAUGUGAUCGCAACUGGAACAGUUAUUCCCCUCGCACUUCUGCUGAAGGAUCUCCACUGCUGUAGGCCGAUGUCCAUCUGUGGCUCUAGUUAGAAAGCAUAGACAACCAGGCUCUCGGUCUGCCUUUUCAUUCAACUGUAUCUAAAGCUGUCGGGCCAGCCCACGUGUUGACGGCCUGUACGUAGAUCUCUGUGUGCUUUAAUCACCUCUAGACAAACCUUAAUCAAUUAAAGGCCAACUAGUGGUCAGCUCAUCGGGACCCAUAACGAUGUUCCGGGGCUCUGACUGAGUUUGACUGGGAGGAGAUCACAUAAGUUGCACAUGACUUGUCUAAGCUGCUGAGGCGUUUAGGAAAGGUACUCCGACUCGCUUAGGGACAUUCCAACAGUGGGAAGAGCAUCAGCCUAAAAGCAGAAGGUGUAACAAAACAUGCAAACUGUGUGGAAGUUUCUUUGUGUGACCUUUCGACAAUAGGGUAUUGUAUGAAAAAGCCUGGUUUUAUUUGUUAAGUAUUUAUUCAUAUCAAGAUAUCUGUAUUGUGUGAUUCAAUAAUUAUUUAUAUGUCGUCCUGCAAAUGAAUUAUUUUUAUUAAGAAAUCUAAAAUCUGUCUAAUGUGGUUCUUGUGUGUGUGUGUGUGUGUGUGUGUGUGUGUGUGUGUGUGUGUGUGUGUGUGUGUGUGUGCGCGCGCACAAAGAGCAUGUGUAGGCAACACAUCUAUGUGUGUUACCCUACAAGCACUUGCACAUACAGUUUGCUUGUGUGUGCUCUUUAAGAAUUCAGCAUUGCACUAUUAUUACAGCAUGUGUGUGUGUGUGUGUGUGUGUGUGUGUGUGUGUGUGUGUGUGUGUGUGUGUGUGUUGCCUAUUAUUGUUUCUGCUGAAAAGCAGUUGCUUGCCACCGGCACCGAAUCCAUCUCCAGUGUAGGAAGUAUGGUCGGUGCUGCAAAAGUCAUCAGAUAACUGAUCACGGAGGCCGGGUUUAGAUGUUGCACCAUUUUCCAAAGCUCAACUGGGUUAGCUCUUGUUCUUCUCUACGCCUACGUUGUUCUUAUUUCUUUUGUCAUUGUUAGACAUUUCCAUUCACAAAAAGUUCAAAUGAUGAACAUUUUCUUAGGUGCUUUUUGUCUCAAUUCAGUUUUUUCCAGGCUUAUGUUACUACGGGGUCAUGCUUUUAAAAAUAAAUGGGAACCCCCACUCUCACAUAGUAAAAAAGGUGGAUCAUGCAGUGGGAGGGGGGAGUUUGGAGCGAAGAGAGAUAUUGCAGUGACAGGUGGGGAAUUGGUAAAAGUUAUAUAUGGUAAGGUCUAGGUGACAUUUAGCAAGUUAGACUUUAGGGGUUAUGAAUGCGUGGGCUUUCUCAUCAACCUACAGCCUCUACCACAUUCAGAUAGGUACGCUCAUGUGGUUUCCUGGAAAUACCCUCGCAUGCAAACAAGUGUUUCACUUGACGUGCGAGAGCUUCACUGAUUUAGUGCAGGAAACCUUCCCAUGCAAAGUGUGAAAAAUAAUCAAGUGAAGCAAACAUGUUAGUUACAAUAAAAAUAACUCCAUUUAAUAAAGAUGCACCUAAAGUGUUUGUUACCAAAGAUCUGUGGUUGAAUGACGCUGACAGUUAUCGGGUUCAAAUCAACAUGCAGUCACAAGAAAUACUGUGUAUUCAAAUGACAAGUACAGAACUGUGAUGCAUUGCCUGUUUUUCUGAUAUUGAUAAGUAUCACAAUAUGGCAAAUUGUUGAAAGAUCAUAAAUUAAACCAUCAAAUUGAUGUUCAAUACAAUGAACUGUGUUGCACUGUAUUGGAUUACUAGUUCUGACAAAACUCUUUACAGGUUUGAAACUAAAUAAAAUGAGUUUAGCAGCAGUAAUUUGGACUGAAGAGGUCAAAACUCUGGCAAUGUUUGUAUAAGAACAACUUUAUUGUAACAUUCAUUAUUCAUAAUAAAGAGUUUUUUUCUUCCUUCACUA